AUGCCGGCUAAUUCUUCUCAGAGAAUUGUGAAGAAACGAAAGGUCAAGUCUGGAACUUUGCAUCAAAAAAACCAUAGGUGGGAGUCUUUCACGACGAAAAUCUCAAAACUCAACUCUCUCGAUCCUCUUCGAAAAGUUCGCCGACAUGACAAUGAACCUGGGGAUACCUCUACAACCGUCUCUUACUUCAGAAUAGGUCUAGAAAAAUGGUCAGAGCUAAAUAUUUCAGAAAAAUUUGUUUCUUUUUCACAUGAGGUCAAUCCGAUAUCCCAGAGCCUACCGCAAAUAAUUCAUUUUGAGGACAAAAUUAUAGAAAUAAUUAUGUUGUACAUUGGAAAACAAGAAAAAGACUCUCUUGAACCUAUACUGGAAUUAAUGACUGAUCUUGCACACGAUCUUGGUCAUCGGUUUGAAAAACACUUCGCCAAAAUUCUGGCUGCAUUAAUUUCGAUCGCAGAAUCGUCCCAGGAUGUUUCUGUUAUUGAAUGGUGUUUUAGUAGUAUGGCAUUUAUGUUUAAAUAUCUCUCAAAAUUAUUAGUUCCUGAUUUACGGGCAACUUAUAAUCUAAUGGCAUCUCUACUUGGAAAGAAUCAGCAGAGACCGCACAUAGCACGUUUUGCUGCUGAGGCAUUAUCUUUUCUUGUGAAAAAAUCCGGCGCACCUGCCCACCGAGAAAAAGCUCUACCGUUGAUAAUGCGACACAUAAAAACUGAUCUAUCUUCAACGAAGGAUUCGAAGCAACAUACAUUGUAUUACCACGGUGUGAUGAAUUUAUGUGCAGAAGCAAUUAAAGGACAUGGCUUCAGUAUUCAUACUGCAGGACCAGAAAUAUUUAGGGAAAUGUUUCAGGCUCUUGAUGAAGACGAUCUACUAGCAAAGAAAAGUUCAAUAUGGAUGAACGUAAUAUGUGGAGUUCUUACGAGUCUAUUACACCAUACUAGCCAUGAGACCUUUGGAGUUAUCAUAAAUGUGAUAGAUGAAAUGUUCAUUAAACUUGAAACUGAUCAUAAAGAAGCGAGAGAUCCUUGUAAUCAACGUCGAGCUCUACUUCUAGUGCGACUUAUCGGUAUUUAUGCUGGUGUACGUAAAGGUAAUCGAAUACAAAAUUGGCCCAAUACAAUCAAAACUUUGUCUGGAAUUUUGCAGUUAUAUGUGCAAAGCCCAAAUACCAAUUUAAGGAGUGCUGAUAACGAUGAAAUAUGGGACCCAUUGGUUUUUAGCACCGGUGUAGUAAUUCAAUAUGCACCGACAGAGUCCCUGAUCGGUUACAUUUCGUCCAUAUUGGAUACUCUUACAAAGAAACCGCUUGCAGAACACUUUCUAAAAUUCUGUUGCUAUGUUUCUGAAACUGUGCCAGACAGGUUCAAUAGCAUAGUAUUACCAUAUUUCCAAAGAUUUAUAACUUCCUAUUGGUCGGAUGACAAUAAUGAGGAUUCAAUAUCUAUUAUCCUGCCCAGAAUGUUCUCAUCGGGAACAUGCUCCUCAACCAUUUCUGGAAAGAAUAGUUUGACUCUUCCGCAGUCCUGGCAGGACCGAAUUGUUAGCAAGUUUGAACAGCUUGAGUCCUACUCUAACACCGACGGUGAAGUCUUAACAGCAAGUUUCUCCGAAAUACUUCCGCAUUGUAAUUCUAUACUUCAACUUUUAACGAUUACCACGAUUCAUCCUUCUACUACUGCUAAAAUUGCAGAUAUUCUUCUUCGGAACUUAAAACUAGCAUUUGCGCCAAACCCAACUAUCCCACAAGUUUUAGCAAACUUUAUGGUUGGGAAAGGAUUUAAUGCCUUCAUUAAGCUAACUAAAAAUACUAAUAGGGUGGACAGCACGUUAGGGAUCUUAGCACUCGAAGCUAUUCCACGCUAUAGCCGCCUUCCCGAUUUCCUUUACGCAAUGCUUGAGUAUGAGCUGAGCAUAUCAGAGAUACGAGGAAAUGGGGAUCUCAUACUAUCUAUAAGAAAAGACACUGAGACCAUCACGCUUCUCACCAAAUCAUUGAUCUCUAAUUUUCUUACAGAAUCUCAUGAACUUCGGUUACUUUCCUCGCGACUUUUGGGUAAAAUUUACCAAAACGGUGGCGAAUUAGACAAUGAAAUUCUUUCCACAAUGAUAAUGAUCGAGGAAACGUCUCCUAGCUUACUAACAGCUCGCUCUAAAUCUAUGCAGAUCCGAAAACUAGGAAAAUUCUACUCGAAUCUGGCCUCUGAUUCAUGGCUUCGAGAUGCAAUACUAGCAUUUUGUUUUGGUACCUUGACCGUCAAAUUUGCACAGGUUUGGGAAGAUACAUGUGAAACCCUAAGAACAAUAGCUCAGGUAAGGGGCGGUGAAGAGGCUAUCUCGAAGAUAGUCAUUGUGUGGCUGGAGAAUCCAUCAAUCGUCAAUGAAUUUUGCGAUAGGAGGAUCGAGUCACAAUCAAAUAAUGGCCUAACCGACUUCGAGUGCUCAAACUAUAUUAAUCUACUCCAUCUUUCUCAAGAAAUCGAAUCAAUUGUGUCUAGCUCUAGCGAUGGUAUCAUUAAAACAUUUUCAGAUUCCCAGAAAUUAAUUGCACCUUAUCCUCGAGUAGCUAGAAUGCAAGCCUUGCGCGUGUUAACUACUUUACCUAGCAUUGCUGAGAAGCACUCUCGCCAAUUAGUACCAAUGUUUUUGUCCUGGGCUCGUCCAAUUUCCGAAAAUGAUAAUGUUGAAGAAGCCAAGGGCGCUCUAGUCAGUGACUGGACGAGAAAGGAUCAAAAAUCUCUUCUCGCACUGUUCGCACACUUUGUCAACCCAAAAUCUCUCUACAAGUCUGAAAUCGUAUACGAAUCGCUUCUAAAGAUGCUUGAAAAUGGAGAUAUUGAGAUCCAACAGUCUGCCUUACGGGCGAUAUUCACGUGGAAAUUUCCAGAGAUCAAACCAUAUGAAGAGAAUUUAUUGAAUCUUCUUGAUCAAGCUAGGUUCAAGGAGGAAUUGGGGCUUAUUUUCCAAGAACAAGGUUUACUACAGCCUGGACAUAAAACAAGAGUUAUGCCUAUAUUACUGCGCAUAUUAUAUGGCCGAUCAGUAUCCCGAAAAGGAGCUGCUAGCGGACGCCAAGGAAUGGAAGCUAGAAGACAAGCUGUGAUUCGAGCACUUAAGCCUGAAGAUGUCAACCAGUUCAUUGAAAUUGCGCUUGGCGAUUUGAAAGACCUUCAGCUAAUACAAAAUGGUCAAAUUGAUGAUGCUGUUUUGGAUACAGCAAGUUUAAGCUUUAGAAAGCAAGCUGGACUUGUUCACAUGAUUGAAGGGGUAAUUAAGGAGCUUGGAGCACAAGUAGUGCCCUUUACCCAAAAGCUGCUGUAUCCAGUCCUUUUCUGCAUUGUCUCUAGCUCUAGGUGGAUUAAGUGUCACAGCCAAGAAUUCGAUGAAAUCUAUGAGGGUAAUGAUAAGGUGUCGUCUCAGAACUCUCUUAUCAAGAGUGUGCGUCACAUCGGAUUAAAAUGUUUAGUCCUUUUAUUUUCAAAUUCACCAGUAUUCGACUGGUCUUCUAGUUUUAGCACAAUCAACUUGGAAAUUAUUGUUCCAAGGUUAGAAAGACUACCGAUUGAAAACUCCCAGGGUAUUUCUAUCAUGAUGAAGCUCUUUUUUGCAUGGUCAAGUCAUGUAGAGACUGCACAGUUUCUUGGUAUUAACUGUCAAGUUAUUCCUAACAUUAUUGAAUGUUUGGUAUCAAGCAAGACCAAGAUCGAAGUCAGACUUUACAUCCUAAGAAUCAUAAAAAAUAUUGUUAGACUAGUGCACGAAGAUUCAAAGGAACAAGGUAUUCUUGGGUUAAAUAACAAACUGCUCGCACCGAAUAUGGAUACCCUUUUAAUCAAAAUUGGCCAUAUCCUACGAAGCCAACAAGAUUUGAGCAAAAAUCUACUUGAAGCAUGUGUAGAAACUGUCACGGAUUUAGUUCCCUUUGUAGAUUCAUCUACAGAAGGCAGAAAUCUUGUUGAAAUAUCUGUAUUCUUGCUUGAUCAGCCUUCUCGUCGUAUCAAUCCCAAAAUCAAGGGAGGCUUACUUCUUAUACUUGAAAAAUUUAUUCCAUUGUACAAUCUUCAAAGGGACCUUGAAUUGACGGAAAAGGUUUAUCGGACAGUAUCUUCACUUUUCGGAUUUUUUAAAGAUAAGGCCUCGAGAGAAGUACUAUCUCGUGUCCUGAAAGUCUAUUCGGUUAACGACACAAUCCUCAAUGAUAUUGCCUCUAUAUGUAUAGAUUUAAACUCUUUCAUAGAAGGUCGUCUAGAUGAGCCAGAUUUUGACAGGCGAUUAAAAGCUUUCCAUGAAAUCGAAAAUAUUAGCAAAAAGCACAUCACCGCUCGUCAGUGGUCGCCAGUCAUAUUUAAUUUGUUGUAUUAUAUAAGACAACAAGAGGAGUUUAGUAUAUUGUCUGCAAACUCAUCGGAUUGUCUUUGCCGGUUUAUAUCUGCUGCUGCAAACACAUCUGGAGAACAUGAGAGAUCCGAAUUUGAACAGAUUCUUUCAGACACUCUUAUGCCAGCUCUAUUUUCUGGAAUGCGAGAAUCUUCAGAGAUAAUCCGAAGGGAAUAUUUGAAAGUGAUGGCCAGUCUUGUUCAUAAUUUUCCUGAGUGGGCCGAGGUUUCAGACAUGCACUGCCUUCUUGCGGGUGAGAAAGAAUCGGAGGAUUCUUUCUUUAGCAAUAUUAUCGCAGUCGGGAAAGGUCGUCAAUCAAGUGCCCUGGGUCAGCUUGUUAAAUUUGCGGAGAAGGGAGAGUUAAGCAGCAGGAAUGUUAGUCACUUCUUCAUCCCACUCAUUGAGCACUUUAUUUUCGAUCGUGCAGAGGGAAGCGAUGCGCAUAGUCUCGCAGCUGAAGCUACGAAUACUCUCGGGGCUCUUUCAGCACUACUUGAGUGGCCUCAGUAUCGUGCGAUGCUCAAAAGGUUAAUUGGAUAUAUUGAGCAAAAGCCCGAACUUGAGAAGCAAACUAUUAAACUUCUUAGUAAACUGACUAAUAUGCUGGCUUCCGUUGCCAACACACAAGCUAUAACAAAAGCUGAUAUAAAAAUAUUUCCAAUAAAUAAUAAAUUAUCUUCAACUAUGCCCAAGCAGCAGAAGCUCGCAGACGAUUUGACAUCCCAAAUACUACCUUCUUUGAUGAAGUAUCUUCAUGAAAAAGACGAGUCAACCGUUAGUCUUCGAGUUCCUAUCGCUAUUAUCAUAGUUCAGCUGUUAAAGCUUGUUCCCAAGGAUUUAAUGAAUGAAAGAUUACCAGCUAUACUAACGGAUAUAUGUCAUAUUCUUCGGAGUAAAUCUCAACAAUCUCGGGACUUGACCCGAGAGACUCUCGCAAAAAUAUGUGUUAUUCUGGGACCGUCAUGUUUUGGAUUCGUGCUCAAAGAACUCAGAGGAGCCUUGGCAAAAGGUUAUCAAUUGCACGUCUUAUCGUAUACAAUACACUCGUUGCUUGUGGCAACAACAUCUGAAUAUAGAGCUGGAGAUUUAGAUUACUGCAUGCCGUCUAUCGUCGCGAUUAUAAUGGAUGAUAUUUUUGGUGUUACUGGCCAGGAAAAGGAUGCUGAUGAGUAUAUAAGCAAAAUGAAAGAAGUCAAAAGUAGUAAAAGCCAUGAUUCCAUGGAAUUGAUUGCCAGGACGACAUCACUCACUCGCAUAGUAGACCUUAUACGACCUAUUCAAGUUCUCCUUAACGAAAAGCUAAAUAUUCGGAUAGUUCGAAAAAUUGAUGAGCUCCUUAAUAGAAUCAGUAAUGGAUUAUUGAAAAAUUCUGCCGCCGCAAGUAGAGAGAGUUUAGUAUUUUGUUAUGAAAUCAUCCGAGAGACAUGGAGCUCUCAAAAGCCCGCAAAGAAUAACAAGGAAGACUACCGCCUUAAGAAAUAUCUCAUUCAAUCGGGCGCUAAAAAGUCUGGCGAACGAGGUAGUACGACAAUAUACACAUACAAAAUGGUACGAUUUUCUUUCGACGUCAUGCGCGCUAUUUUUAGGAAGCAUGAUAGCCUUCGAACUCCAGCCAACAUCUCUGGAUUCAUCCCUAUCCUAGGAGAUGCUAUCGUAUCAGCUGAAGAAGAGGUGAAAAUCUCAACCUUCAAAUUACUCGCAACUAUUUCCAAAGUUGAUUUGGUAACAGAGAAUGACGGAAACGGCCUUUAUCGUAUAGCUUUAAAUGAAGCAAUGAAGGCUGUUUUGGCUAAUUCUUCGUUAACCUCAGAUAUUUCCCAGGCUGCAGUAAAACUUAUCUCGGUCAUCCUUCGUGAUCGUCGAGAUAUACCAGUAAAUGAAAACGCUAUUGACAAUAUAUUAAAGAGAAUGAAAGAUGACCUCACCCAACCUGAGUGUCGUCAUAUAACUUUUAACCUAAUCCGUUCAAUUCUAGACCUUAAAGUUCAAACUGCGAUUGUCUACGAUACUCUUGAUUAUGUCGGAACGGUGAUGAUUACCAAUCCCGACAAAGAUACAAGAGAUCUAGCCAGAGGUGCUUACUUUCAGUUUCUGCUAGAAUUUCCUCAGAAAAAAAAUCGAUGGACUAAACAACUCAAUUUCAUCGUUGCAAACUUAAACUACGAUUACGAGGGUGGACGACUGUCUAUUUUGGAAGUUAUUCAACUCUUACUUACAAAAUCUGGGCCCGAUUUUGUCCAAGAAAUUUCCUCUAUAACAUUCGUACCGUUAGUCUUUGUUUUAGCUAAUGAUGAAAGUGAAAAGUGCCGCUUAAUAGCUGGUGAAGUCCUAAAGACCAUUUUCAAAAAAGCAGAUAUCGAAAGAAUGAGUGCAUUUCUUAGCCUACUGCGAUCAUGGGUAAAAGAUAGUGAAAAUCCCUCAGUAACUUGCCUUGCCUUUCAAGUUUUCGGCAUUUACUUCGAAUCCCGGGACUCUGAUGACAAAGAUUUUUCAAUAAUAUCUGAAGCAAUUUUGAAGACUUUGCAUUUAGCGGAAGUGAAAAGUACAGACUGGGAACAGAUAUAUUGUGCACUCCAGUUAGUGAUUAUCCUUGUCUCCAAAUUUCCGGUCAUCUUUUUAUCGUCUAAACAAAAAGGUCUAUGGUCACUAAUACGUGCUUGCCUGUCUUUUCCUCACGCUUGGAUCAAACUCUCUGCUGCAAAACUAAUAAAUGUUUACUUUUCCGACUUUGCUCGGCUAAACUUCGCAACAAGUCUAAAAGGUUUACCUAUUAAAGGAUCGGGCCAACUUGAAUUAAAUAUUAGGGACAUCGUCGAUUUUAUACGAAGACUAGUCGAAAUUUACAAAACCCCCGGACUCUCCCAACUGCUUGCGGAUGAAGUAGUCAAAAAUCUAGUAUUUUUAGCAAAGGUUGCCAGUGUAAACGAUGUAGAGUUGCAGAUAACUUCUCAAGAUCUUGACGAUGAAAAAGACGAUAAUUCAUGCGGAGAGGAGCACGCAACCGAAAGAAAAACAGCUUUAGGCUUCCUCUUCAGGCGUCUUAGCUAUAUCCUUCGAAGAGAGACCGUUCCACCCCGGUCUUCUGCUUUGGUACCAAAAAUUAGCUCUAUGCAGCUUCUUCUUCAUCUAUCCUCUAUACUUUCAAAUGAAUGUCUUGAACGCCACCUAGAAGUAAUAUUAUUACCACUAUUGAAUAUCACUGAUCCUAAAAUUCCAAUUCCAUACUCCACUGAAGAAGAUUUCCGUGCUAGAUAUGAGGACCUAAGAUCAAAUGGGGAUGAAAUAAUGGAAAUAUUCAAAAGCAGACUAGGUACUCAGGUUUAUACUUCAGCAUUGCUAAAAGUUAGGGAAGGUGUCAAGGAGAGAAGAUUGAAGAGGGGAAUAAAGAGAAAGGUAGAAGCUGUCAACAUGCCUUCAAAAUAUGGUGAGAGCAAGAGGAAAAAGGGAGAGAGGAAAAAAGAGCGAAGGAAGGAGAAAGGAGCCGAUCAUGCAAGAAAGAGGAAUCAGUUGUGA